UUUUCGAAAAUCGAAACUAAAAAAGGAAAAAAAUCCUUCGCCGUUGUUGUUUGUUCUUCAUUCCUCCGCCCACCACUCGCCACUCGCCACUCCCCAACUCACCUGAGUCACUCAAUCCGAGUUCCAACAAUCAUCAAAUCAUUCCCUCAUCUUUUUGCCCAAUUCCUUUGUGGGUUCGUUGUUUCAACCUCUUCUUCCUCCUUAAUUUCCCGUUUUAACGCCGCCAUUGUUGCCCCUUUUCAUCACUUCUUCUCCUCUCUGUGCCCUUUUGCUUAUUUGCUCUGUUUUUCUUGGAACUCGGAAGUGGGGAGAAGGAAAAGUGGUGGGGUUUCGAUUUUCUUUCGUUUUUGUUCUUAGUUCUUCAGUCGUAUGGAUUUUAGCUGCGACUUCGAGUGAUGAAUCUGUAUGUCUCUUCCAUGGCGACGGGUUGUUUGAUUCUUUUGAUUGCGAUUCCCUAACUCGCUUUCUUUAAAUACCCACAUCUUGAUUCUUGGUUUUUCGAGCGGGGUUUCGUUUCAUUUCGCGAAUCUUUUCGAUUCCGAUUCGGUUUGAGAUUCUUUUGGGGAAUGCAGGAUGUGUUUUGAGGAUUUUUGAGAUUAUUAUCCUCUGCUGCCGUCAUGUGCGGCGUAGUUCUUGCGAGGCGUUUAUUUUGAAGAAUUUAAUGAUGAUUUUCCUCAAGAUUCUAGGGUUUAUCCGUUCGUUUGCGGCUGAUUUCUACUCGGAUUUUCAAGAAUUUGUAUUCUGAGAUGGUUUCUUUUCUCCUCCAGCUCUGCGAUUAUCACACAUUGUCGCCAUUGGAACCAAUUCCAUCAGGUACUCCGUCGUCUAUUUAAUAAAAUCGCCAUUGUUGUUCGCUUGCUAAGCUCUCUAGGGUUCUUCUUGAUUCUGUAACGUUGAAGAAUCUGAUUUCUGGGUUUCUGUGAGAUUCCAUUGAUUCUUCUCCUUAUAAGUACUCUUUUUCAAGGAUUCCAAAAGGGAAAAAGUAAUUUCUGGAAGAGAAUAAGGAUUUGCAACGGCUUAAAUUUAUCUCCUCCUUCAAAGCUGCUUUAGAUUUUGACAUUAUUUUGAGCCAUUUCCGUUUCCAAGUGAUUUAUUGCCCAUUUGAAGAUCUUUAUUGCGUAUUUAUCUAUCAUUUGGGCGUUGCUCUCUUCAUAUCUAAGUCCAUUGCUGUGAGUUCUGAGAUUUUGAAGCAUCCAUGGGGCUUCCUAGAACUCAGCUGAUGCUGAUUGUUCAAAUGUUGUUCUUGUUUGUUGCUGAUCCGGUUGUGGUUCGGUCGGUCGAUAUCGAUUCUUCAGCGAGUUCUCUUGAUGCUCUUCUGCAAGAGUAUGCUUAUAAGGGUUUGGUUAAUCCGAAAACUGGUGUUCCUUAUGAUGCUGCUGCUCCGUCGAACAUGUCUGGUAUUAGCAUUCGAGCUAUGAGGCUGAGGAGUGGUAGUUUUAGACGGUACGGUGUCGAUUCGUUCAAGGAGUUUGAGAUUCCGAUGGGGGUUAUCGUGCAGCCGUAUGUCGAGAGGCUUGUUUUGGUGUAUCAGAAUUUAGGUAACUGGUCUGAGGUGUAUUACCCUGCAUUGCCUGGUUAUACCUACUUAGCACCAGUGUUGGGUCUUCUUGCUUACAAUGGCUCUAAUCUCUCUGCAACGAACCUUCCCGAGCUCAAAAUGAGAGCUUCCGGGGACCCAAUACACGUCAAGUUCGACAAUAUCAAGUCCCUCCCGGAUGGGACCGUUGCAAAGUGUGUUCGGUUUAAUCUUCAGGGAAUGCCCAAUUUUAGCAGUGUGGAGUCUGGAAACACAUGUUCAACCAUCCAACAUGGUCAUUUCUCCAUUGUCGUCGAGUCCAUUGCUCCUUCUCCUACACCAACGUCGCCCCUGGGGACAGUACCUCCACCUUCAAGGAAGAAAAACACCACCAAAGUAUGGAUCAUAGUAGGAUCCGUGUUGGGUGGAGCAUUGCUAUUGGCGCUGCUCGCACUCCUCGUAGUUUCGAUUUGCAAGCUAAAGAAAAGAAAGAAAAUGGAAGAGAUGGAGAGAGCAGCAGACGUAGGAGAACCUCUACAAAUGGCAACGGUCGGCGAAACAAAAGCUCCGACUGCAACCGUGACACGAACGCAGCCAACUCUGGAGACAGAAUACGUGCCUUGAGCUGGUUCCGUCGAUCGAAUCAGGUACUCGAAAAAACACAAUUCAUCCUCUCUCAUUUGAUAUGGGUUCUGUCCUUGGUUUUUUAUGUGUUGUUUUGAGAUGGUGUUGUUGUGAGUAGUAGAAGUUUUUCUAUGAUGAUUCUUGUGUAAAUGUGUAUGAUGAACGAUUCAUUGUUUUGCACCAAAAAAAAAAAUUGUAGUGAGAAGAGAGUGUUUUUGUUGUUUUGUUUA